AUGCAUACCGCUGAAUUCUUAGAUAUCGAUAGAACUGAUAUUUCCUCUGUCUUAGCUGGUGGAUACAAUCACCCCCUAUUAAGAGAAUGGCAGAAUGAACGUCAAUUAACAAAAAAUAUGUUAAUUUUUCCUCUUUUCAUUUCGGAUAAUGAAGAUGACUGCUGUGCUAUCGAAUCUCUUCCAAAUAUCAAGAGAUUUGGUGUCAACAAAUUAAAGGAAUAUAUGAAACCAUUGGUUGCGAAAGGUUUAAGAUCUGUUAUAUUAUUUGGCGUCCCACUAAAAGAAGGAAGUAAGGAUCCUGUUGGUACCAGUGCAGACGAUCCUCAAGGACCAGUUAUUCAAGCCAUUAAGUUGUUACGUAGAGAAUUCCCAGAUCUAUAUAUCAUGUGUGAUGUUUGUCUUUGUGAAUAUACUUCACAUGGCCAUUGUGGUGUUCUGUAUGAUGAUGGAACUAUCAACAGAGAAAAAAGUGUUGCCAGAAUUGCUGCUGUUGCUGUCAAUUAUGCCAAAGCGGGAGCGCACUGUGUAGCUCCAAGUGACAUGAUCGACGGCAGAAUUAAAGAGAUCAAGAGAGGAUUAAUCAACGCUGGAUUGGCUCAUAAGACCUUUGUCUUAUCCUAUUCUGCCAAAUUUAGCGGUAAUCUAUACGGCCCAUUCCGUGAUGCUGCUUGUUCAGCCCCUUCAUCUGGUGAUAGAAAGUGUUACCAAUUGCCUUCAGGUGGUCGCGGAUUAGCACGUAGAGCUUUGAGGAGAGAUCUUGGUGAAGGUGCAGAUGGGAUCAUAGUUAAACCUUCUACUUUCUACUUAGAUAUCAUGAGAGAUGCAAGUGAAAUUUGUAAUGACUUACCAAUAUGUGCAUAUCAUGUCUCUGGUGAGUAUGCAAUGUUACAUGCCGCUGCUGAAAAGGGCAUUAUAGAUUUGAAAACCAUGGCAUUUGAGUCUCAUCAAGGUUUCUUGAGGGCAGGCGCCAGAUUGAUAAUUACAUAUUUUGCACCACAAUUCCUGGAAUGGUUAGAUAACUAG